AUGGCGGACAUGGUUGCCGAGGGAGAACUGUCGAACGAUCGUACCGGUCAUGGUAUGCAGGUAGGCUUUUCAUGGCAUGUUACAAGGAAAAGGAAUGCUGGCAGAAAGAAAAGGAAGGGCAGUUCAGGACAGUUUUUGACCGGAAGCAGAAACAAGAAUCCGUCAAAGAAACGAAAGCUAAGCAAAGAGAUUGAAUUUUUAGAGGAUGAGAAAGUUCCUAAGAGGCAUCGGAUUGGAAUAGACAAGAUGACUACUUCUGUGGAGGAAGAUGUGUUAGAUGAAUGGGAUGAGGAGGCUACUGUGUUUAUGAACAUUAAAAAGCGGAGCAAACGUAGAAAUUUGGACGGUGCGAUGACUGAAAGAAUCCCUCAGGAGAAUAAGGAUGCAAUGACUGAAAGAAGCCCUGAAGAGACUAAGAAGGAAAACUGCGAUCGUUUUAUGAACGUUAAAGUGCAGAGCAAAGGCAGAAACUUGGUUGGUGCGAUGACAGAAAGAAGCCCUCAGGAGUGUGAGGAGAAUGCGAUGACUGAAAGUAUCCCUCAGGAGACUAAGGAAAACUGUGAUCUUUUUAUGAACAUUAAAGCGCAGAGCAAGCACAGGAAUUUGGACAGUGAUAUGAAUGAAAGAAGCCCUCGGGAGACUAAGAAGGAUGCAAUGAUCGAAAGAAGCCCUCGGGAGACUAAGAAGGAUGCAAUGAUCGAAAGAAACCCUCAGGAGACUAAAAAGGAAAAUUGCAAUCUUUCUAUGAAUAUUAAAGCGAAUUUGGACAGUGCUAUGACUGAAAGAAGCCCUCAGGAGACUAAGAAGGAAAACUGCGAUCUUUUUAUGAACACUAAAGCACGGAGCAAACAUAGAAAUCUGGACAGUGCGAUAACCAAAAGAAGUCCUUGGGAGACUAAGAAGAAAAACUGUGAUCUUUCUAUAAACAUUAAAGGGAGGAGCAAAGGCAAAAAUUUGGACAGUGCAAUGGCUGAAAGAAGCGGCAAUGAUACAAGCACAAAGAAAAAUGUUAAGAAAAUCGAGGGAUCUUGCUUCUUUCAGGACAAGAGAAAAAAUUUCAAGUGUCAUCAGUGUAUGACUGGAAGAAAAGCUGUUGUUCCAUGCUUGAAAUGUAAAGAGAAAGUGUAUUGCACUGUUUGUAUAAAACAAUGGUAUCCGAAUAUACCAAUAGUAGAAAUUGCAAAGCAAUGCCCAUUUUGUUGCGGGAAUUGCAACUGCAGUAUCUGUUUACAAUCCAGUGGGUUAAUUAAGCAUGGGACCAUGAAAAAUCAAUGGAACUUUCACCAAAUAAUUUUCUUUUUGUCUAUUCUACAGACAUCAAAGAGAGACAUAACAGAUGAGGAAAAGAUUAAGCAUUUGCAACACUUGAUUGAGUCAAUGCUUCCCUUCAUGAAACAAAUUUGCAUAAUGCAAAAGAAAGAGACAGAGGUUGACGCUAACAUACAAGGAUUACUGCCUUCUGAAGUUGAAAUACAACAAACACUUUGUUAUGCCGAUGAACGUAUCUAUUGUGACCACUGUGCAACUUCAAUCUUCGACCUUCAUCGUAGCUGCCCAAAAUGUUCAUAUGAACUCUGUCUUAGUUGUUGUAAAGAAAUUCGGGAAGGAAUCCUUUCUAUCCGCGAUGAUGUUCCUUAUGGAUACAGGGACAGAGGUUGGGAUUAUAUGCAUGGUGAAGACCCUUUACCAGAAUCUUAUCUUCAAGAAAAAGUUGAGAAACAGCCCGGGCCCUCAAUUCAGUGGGAAGCCAAUAAUGACGGAAGUAUUACUUGUCCUCCUAAGGAAAUAGGCGGUUGCAGUGAUUGCAGAUUGGAGCUUAAACGUAUCCUACCAAUGGGGUGGAUUUCAAAUUUGGACACAAAGGCAUGGGAAAUAUUGAGCAACUGCAGAAUUAGACAAUGGCUAAAGACAUUAAAUGGGGAUAAUACUUCUGGAGAAGGACAGAUUGACAAUGGCUUAUAUUCUUCAACUUCAACUGAUAAUCUUGACGAAGGCUUUCGUCACUUUCAAACCCGAUGGGCUAAAGGUGAACCGGUUAUAGUUAAGAAUACUCUAGCAAAUUCAUCCGGUUUAAGCUGGGAACCGAUGGUAAUGUGGCGUGCUUUAUGUAAAAGGUUGGAGAUGCCUGAAGUUAAGGCUAUUGAUUGCCUAGCUGGCUGUGAGGUGGAGAUUAAUACUCGACAAUUUUUCAAAGGCUACACAGAAGGGAGAGCAUAUAAUAACUUAUGGCCAGAGAUGCUAAAGUUGAAAGACUGGCCACCAUCUGAUAAGUUUGAAGAUCUCUUGCCUCGGCAUUGCGACGAGUUCAUAAGCAUGUUGCCAUUUCAAGAAUACUGUGAUCCUAGGUCUGGUAUCCUUAACCUUGCUGUGAAGCUGCCAAACUGUGUUCUGAAACCAGACUUGGGCCCAAAAACAUAUAUUGCUUAUGGGGUUGCUGAAGAGCUUGGAAGAGGGGACUCUGUUACAAAGCUUCACUGUGAUCUAUCAGAUGCGGUAAAUAUUUUGACACAUACUUCAGAGGUAGCCUUAAGCGAUGAGCAGCUUGCCGCAAUGGAGAAGUUGAAAAUGAAACACAAGGCACAGGAUGAAAAGGAAAGUUUAGAAAGAGAGCGACUUAAAAAAGGCUUUGAUGAAUCGGAAGCCACCAAUUGGGGUGAUAAUAUACUAUAUGUUUCCAGUGGUGAGUUUAGAGGAGCUUCACUUCCGGAACCCUUGACCAGCAGAAAGGACAUAGGUGGUGCACUGUGGGACAUUUUUAGGAGGGAGGAUGUUCCUAAACUAGAAGCUUAUUUGAGAGAGCACUACACAGAAUUCAGGCAUACCUAUUGCUCCCCAGUUGAAAAGGUAAUCCAUCCGAUUCAUGACCAAUCAUUUUACCUAACUGCGGAGCACAAAAGGAGACUAAAGGAGAAAUAUGGAGUUGAACCAUGGACGUUUGAGCAAAAUCUCGGAGAGGCUGUUUUUAUUCCGGCUGGAUGUCCGCACCAAGUUAGAAACCUGAAGUCAUGCACAAAAGUCGCCUUGGACUUUGUUUCUCCAGAGAAUAUCCAGGAAUGCCUCCGUUUAACAGAGGAGUUCCGGAAACUACCCAAGAACCAUAGAGCCAGAGAAGACAAACUUGAGGUAGGCACAUCCUUUCGUUGAUGUUUCGACUUAUUUAUUUCCUGCAAAACCUUACUUGCAAACGGUUUCGUGUAAACAGAUUAGGAAGAUGAUUAUUUAUGCAGUAGAACGAGCUGUUAAAGAAUUAUCUGAACUGAUAUCAACUCCAAACUGAAGCCAGCUUCGACAACUGCAACCAUGGAACCGACCUUUUUGUAUUUGCUCGGACAAUUGUUAAAGACUAUCCGAGCUGAGAAUUUCUUUUCUUUUCCCCGGAGUUUAACUUGACCUAUUUGUAUGCAACUUUUGGAACACACAGCUGAACUUGCUUACAAUAGAUGCCAAUCAUUUUUACUAUUCCAUCUUAUAAAUUCUUCGUAGAC